AUGUCAGCCGAAACUGGAAAUAUGCUUGAUUCAACACACCAUGCUACAAUCAGAAACUAUAUUAAAUUUGGAAACAUACAAGAUUUAGUUAACAUACUUCGAGAUCCUUUAAAUUAUGGUAUAUUUUUGGAUAACUUCACGGCUAAUAUUUUAUUGGAUAAGCUAGUUACAUCCAAAAAUUAUGAAUUAGCAGCUAAUGUUGCAGCUUUAACAAUGUUGCAAGAGGAAUACUCAAAUGAAAUAACUUGUGCUCUGAGUCAGUAUGCCUGCUAUAAAUAUUUAAUAGAAUGCAGUGACAUAAAUCAAGAACCAGUAAAAGCAGAAGACAAAAAGAAAGAAGAAAUAAAAAUAAGAGUAAAAUUUCUCAGGAACUUUUAUUAUGAUGAUCAUUUUGACAUUAAAGAAAUAUCCAUUCUUUCUGGUAAGACAUUAGCUUGGAUUUCAAGGCAAAGCAAUGACAACAUUGCUAGGAAUUUGCAAAUUAUAGGUUGGUUAUAUUACAAGAAGUAUGACCAACUGUUAUCUCUAUGUGAAGUGUUACACAAAAUAAAAUCAUUUAAAAUCUACAAUGAAGUAAUAGAGUUGUUGCAAAAACAAUCUGAUAAAACUGAAGAAGGGAAGCAUAUUUUUGAUAGAUGUAUUUCUUUACUAAAUGAAUGUUCAAAGGCUGAAAUUCCACUGGAGGAAUCUGUAAAGAAUUUAAUUGAAAAUGCUAUUAAUAAGUCUCAAAAAAAUGAUAUACUAAUGCAGCAAAAGUUAUAUGGAAUAUGGAUAAAUACAAGAGAGAAAAAAUUGAAAGAACAACUACAGAGACUUGAGAGAGCUCGACGAAUGGAGGCAAUUAACUUGAAGCAAAAGGAACUAGAAGGAGAGGAACAAAAACUCUGGUUCUUUGAAAAUGAAGACAACAUUGAUCUCCAAAUUGAGGAAAAAGAAAAACUGGUAGAUGCUACAGUCAACAAGAAAAGUGAACAGAACAAAUCAGAUGAAAAUUAUAUUCCACCUGAAAUAUUACCUAAACGUAAAUAA